CAGAGAACCAGGAGGGAAGAAAGUUGCUACACUCCUUACAGCUACAUCAUGGAUUACAGCAAGCCGAUGGGAACUCCUUCCAACAACCAGCCGUCCGUUCCUCCACCUUACCAGGCCAACUACUCAGAUCCCCCCCUGUACUCGGCACAGCCUCAGGGUUACGGAUUUUCACAGCCGACUGUCACAAGUAUUGACCAGCAUCUGAAUCAGCACCACAUCCAGCAGAAUGUCUUCAUUGGCCAGCAGCAACCAACCGUGGUGUUACUGCAAGAAAGCCCAGUUAGCGACUACAUUGGCUACUCCAUCUUCACCAUGCUCUGCUGCUGCUUCCCACUGGGAAUAUUUGCCCUUACCUACUCCAUAGCAACUCGUGACGCCAAUGCCAGAGGUGACCGGCAGAUGGCAGAGCUGAACAGCAGACGGGCCCUCAUGCUGAACCAUUCAGCUCUGGGAACUGGGAUUGGAAUUUUUGCACUCGCGAUUAUUAUGAUUGUUUUAGUGUUUGUAGCAUUCUAA